AUGAAACAUACUCAUAUUGUGAGAAAUGUGUCUAAAUCGAGUUUGAGCACGUCUUUGCGUAAAAACCUGAUCGCACAAUGUCUGAACUUGGAGUUUGAUAGUCUGCUUGAAACGGUGAGAAAACUGCCCGUGGAUCGGUUGGAUGAGAACUUUCUGCAAUUAUAUCUGGCUAUGGGAGUUCAACAUGCGCACGUCCCAUCAGUGGACUACCUGUGGUAUAAAUACGUGAUGACGCGGAAGGUGCUGAUGGUCAAACCUAGUACAUUGUGUGGUAUCGGUGUGGUGUCACUCAACGGCAACAAGCCAUUUAUCCCGCGACAACUGUGCGCGCACUUUGAACAAUUUUAUGGCCACGACGGCCAUAAAUGGGCCGAGUGCAGAGACGAGCUUCUCCGCAUUAAAGUAGAGAGCUUUGCGAAGACCGCUGGAGCCAGAAUGUCCUUCAGAGAAAAAUGGAAAGUCUUUCUCGAGGAUAUCGACAAUGUGGUGGAUCCGUCUCUCAACAUCUGCGUUUACGAUUUCCCACACCUGACUGCUUCUCUCAAGGGAGCGGACCCCGAAUUGCUGGAACAACUUUUGUUUCACGAAAAUAAAAUCGCCAUCAAAAACAGCUCAACGCUGCCCACCCUGCUGAAUAUGAUUUUGUUGCAGGACUGGCUGUCCGCCGACUUCAAGCUUCGCAUUUUUGGUGCGUUUCGCGACUGCCACAGAUCCCUUGGAUACAGCGACAGCAUUUCAAUCAUAUUCAGAGUUUUGCGAGGAGACUUGUAUCGCUCCACAAAAUUCAUGUCUUACCUGACAAGCAACCAGAUGACGUUACCUCCUUUGGGAGCCAGGUGUUUUCUGGCUACAACCAAGGGCGAGCGCGAUAUCCCAUGUGGAGGCAGGGUAUAA